ACAAAAAAGAAGACAAAAAGAGAGAGAUAACUAGGAGAAGGGCGUGAAGGUAGUUGUGUCUUCCGUGGACAGUCCAUUUAUGGUAACCUUGAAUCCAGUGAUAUGCAUGUGUACAAAUUGUAUCUUGCAUUAACAAAAGAUAAACGAAACUCCACUUGUUAGUAUUGUUAUGGUAUAAAGAAAGAAAAACAAUUCCCACGAGUAUGGCGGACAGUUAUUUAAGACCCUCUCCACUACUUCUUCUCAAAUCCCCUUCUUUAUAUACCUUUCCUUUCACAUUUUCCCCAUUUUCAGGUACCCCAAGAUCUCUUUCUUUCUCACACAUGGCCUCUAAUUGUUCUUCUUCUAGUCCCACUAGUGGUUCCUCCACUACCCAUCAACCUUCUCUUCUUGUUUUCUCAGGUGGAACUGCAUUUAAUGGUGUGGUUGAAGAGCUUAAGAAGCUAACUACUCGUGUAGCUCAUGUGCUCCCUGUUUCUGAUGAUGGAGGAAGUACUGCCGAAAUUGUUCGUGUUCUUGGUGGUCCUGCUGUUGGAGAUAUACGAUCAAGAUGUUUGAGAUUGUCUGACCAAAGCACCUCAGAGGCUCGUGCAGUCCGAAUAUUGCUUGGUCAUCGUUUACCUCUUGAUCCACGGAUAGCCAAAUCAGAAUGGUAUCAAAUUGUGGAGGGCAGCCAUGAACUUUGGCAAGGUGUCUCAAAACCAUAUAGGGAAACUAUAAGAGCUUUCUUGGCUUACUUCCAGGAUCAGAUUCUCCGGCGUUCAGAUGAGUCAUUCUGUUUCAGCAAUGGAAGCAUAGGGAACUUUUUCUUUGCUGGAGCACGAAUAUUCUUCCAGUCUCUAGAUGCAGCAAUCUUUUUGUUUUCACGGGUUUCAGAAAUUCCAGCAGAAAGUUUGGUCCUUCCUGUGAUAUCUACAAAUGAAAGGCUUACCCUGGGGUGUGAGUUACAGGAUGGAACUGUUAUACGCGGACAAAAUGAAAUAUCUCAUCCAACCCAUGGGUCCAUGCAACCAAUAGACAAGGAUGCCUCUUCAGCCCCAGCACUUCCUUCUAGAAUAAAACGGGUAUUCUACAUGUCCAGUGAAGGAAGCAACUUAUUGCAUGAGGUCUUCCCCAGUGUAAAUCCCACUGUCUUGGAACAGUUGAGAAGCGUUGACUGUAUUGUAUUUGGCAUGGGCUCCCUCUUUACUUCCAUCUGUCCCUCUCUGGUUUUACUUGGAGUGGGGGAAACCAUCUCUUUGCGGUCUUGUCCCAAGGUACUUCUGUUGAAUGGUACUCAUGAUCGAGAAACUAGUGGCUUUAGUGCUUCUUGCUUUGUGACUGCCAUUACUGAUGCCUUAAAUCGAACUUAUGGAGGUCCUCAUAAUUGUCUUAAAAAUCCUCCAAACAAAUAUAUCAACACCCUUCUGGUGCCGAAAGAUGGCCAAAUACCUGUGGAUAUAGAAAGCCUGGCUUCUCAAGGAAUUUUCAAUGUGGUCACUGUGGAUUCCAUCCAUGAUCCAAAAUUGGGAGUGCUUUUUGAUCCCAAAUCACUGAUUCAAGCACUUUACAAGCUGUUGACUGACGCAUGAGCCUGAAUGCUACUGUGACUCGUCAAACCUUAAUUUAUCAGAAAUUUCGGAGCUUGUGGCACAGUAGUCUUCUGAAGUUUCUCCCUUUUUGCACAACUUGCAAUGAAUCUGAAGAGAAACAGGCUCUUCCUGAACACUUGUAGAUAACAAUUCAAGCAGCUCUGCAUUGAUUUCUCCAUGAAGUCCGAAGGAUGAUGGUAUGACUUCCAUAGUUCCACGUAGGCAUUGGCUUUGAUCUUAUUCAGCUCUCACUGGGAAAGAAUAUCGUGUUCACAAUUGAUCUGAAACACAUCUGUUGUUUCAAAUUAUAAACGAAUUUGGACAUGCACAGAAUGAAUUUUUUUUGGCAACCACAACUUGUUUGGGGUUGAAGCAUAAUUGGUGUUGUACAUAAUUAUAUUUUCUGUAUAUCAAGAACCUUAUUUUUAAGGAAAAUAUUCACUCUUAUAGAGCUGCGUAUGAUGUAUGUCUUUAUGUUCUA